GACUGUGUGCGUGAGAGACAGACACAGAGAGAGUUAUAACUGUUGUCCCUCCUCUAUCCUUAUAUUCAAUAAGCCUGUUCUCUCUCCAUCUAUCCCUCCGUUCUGAAUAGUCAUGUUGUCCAUAGUGGUGGAACACAUCUUUCUCUUGGUCAUCGUCACUCUCAUUAGCGUCCUGCAGAAUGCUUUCUUUGCAACAAAGGUAGAGAGGGAGGGUAAAGAGCACAACAACAAAACUGCUUUUGAGAGAGUGUCCUGCGCCAAUCGUAACUGUAUGGAUUCCUACCCAACCUUCCUAGCAGUGAUGUGGUGUGCUGGGCUGUGCCUUAACCAAGCUCCUGCUGCCUUUGCAGGGAUCAUCUACCUGGUGGCCAGGCAGAAGUACUUUGUCGGGUACAUGGGUCAGACAUCUCAAAGCACUCCAGGGUACCUGUUUGGGAAACGCGUCCUGUCCUUCCUCAUCCUGAUGUGCAUUGUGGGUAUCUUCAACUACCUGCUGUUGCGUUACUUCGGCAGCGACUAUAAAGACACCAUGGAAAUGAUCACCAACGCAGCCUCCGCUCUACUCCUCAUUCCCUGAACUACGGAAAGUGACUAUAAAGUCUAUGUUUUGUGUCUGUGUGUGCAUGUGUGUAUUUGCACAGUGCAAGGGUCAGCAAGUGUGGUGAUGUGAUGAGUGAUUCAAUGUGGUGCAAUUAUCCGCUUCUGUGCACAAUCAUUUCAUGUUUUAUUUCCUUUAAAAAAAAAAAGAUUUUAUUUGAGUAUGGGAAAUAAAAACACAAAAGCUACAUAGUAUUGAAUUCCAUUGAAAAUGUAUAAAAUAUGUUGAUAUGCCACAGCAGCCACAGCAAUCCAUCUAAAUGACAUGUGAACAGUUUCUAAAGUCAGUCCAAGAUGACCCUUCAUCUAAAGAGCAUACAACAUCUAAACAUCUACAUUCAAAUGUUCUAGAAAUCUUGUCGCCAUGUUCUAGAAAUCAUGUCGCCAUACACAAUACAAACUUUUAAAAUGCUUUCUAACAACGUACAUAGCCUUCAGAAAGUAUUCAUACCUCUCAACUUAUUCCACAUUUUGUGUUACAGCCUAAAUUCAAAAUGGAUUAAUUUGAUUGUUUCUCUCAUCUCACCCUGCUACACACAAUACCCUAUAAUGAUGAAGUGAAAACCUGUUUUUACAAAUGUUUGCAAAUUUAUUGAAAAUUAAAUACAGAAAUACUCCC